AUACCUAAAAAGCAAUAGAAAGAAACACACAGGUUCUUCCGUGGAUAACUCCCCGUGAUGCUCGCCUACACGCCCCUCCCGCCUCCACCUCCACAUCCCGCCCAAAUCCUGCCCGUCCGCCUCGCCGGAGGCGGCGGUGUGGAGUUCCGCCGCAAGCUCCACUUCCUCUCGGCCGAGCUCCAUGUCGACCCGUUCCCGCUCCUCGCCCUUCAUCCUGAGCUCCGUUCCGCGCCGCUGUCCCUUCUCCAUGCCUCCCUCCGCCUCCUCCUCUCACACGGACUCUCCGCCGGCGACGCCUCCCGCGUCUUCUCGGCAUUCCCGUCGCUCCUCACCUCUCCUCCUGAGGAGUCCCUCCGCUUCCUCUCCACCGCCGCGCCGCUGCCCCCUCCUCUCCUCCGCACCGCGGUGGUCCGUUCCCCUCGCCUCCUCGCAGCGUCCAUCCCGGACACCCUUCGCCCCGCGCUUUACUUCCUUCGCCACCGCGUUUCCCUGCGACGGAGACCCCUUCCGCUCGCUGCUGCCCUGCUCCUCGCUUUCUCCGUCGACCGCACACUCCUCCCCAAGCUCCUCUUCCUUGGAGACGCCACAAGGCUCCCAGACCCCGCCAUCUGCACCAUUAUUCGCCGCGCCCCCGCCAUUCUCUCCUAUGGUAUCGAGACCAACCUCACGCCCAAGCUCAAAUUCCUCGCCGACGGCAUGGGCAUGGACCCAGCCGCUGAGCUCACCGAGUUCCCACACUACUUCGCGUUCAGCUUGGAGGGGAGGAUCAAGCCGAGGCACGAAGCAUUGAGGGUGAGGGGCGUUGAUAUGUCACUAAAGGAAAUGCUCACGAGCAGCGAUGAUGAGUUCAAGGAGCGGAUCUUAGAUGCAGCGCUGUCGGGCAAUACGGAGAGGACGUGAACCUGCACUCAGAAGGAGGGUAUGUGUGGUUGCUGCACUGCAUCUGAUUUCGAUAAUUGUGGUGCAUUGAGUUUGAAUCCAGUUUAGAAUUUUAGCCUCUCAUGUGCCAAAUGCCUUUAUCGGUAGGUCGACAUAAAUGUGGAAUGCCUAAAUGAGGAAUCCUAGAUUAUGUUUGUUAGGCCAACUCUAAUGGAUCCCGGCUGUUCAGAAUGGAGAGUAACAUAUAGUAGUAUCAUGUAUAUGUUACUAUUGUACGAAACUACUUUCAUAGUACAUAGACCCUGUUUCUUUAAAAA